GUCCUUGAGGAGCCCGGUGCACUGGGAAAGGUGAUGAAAACCGGCCAGUCACGUGUACCAUGCCGGCGCGAGCGGCUGCUCCCCAGCUUCGCCCUGCCAUGACACGUUCUGCCGGUUUUCUAAUGAACGCCGGAGCCACGGCAAAACUGUCUGCCAACCGGGACGCCGGCGGCGAAGCGCAAUCCUCGACGGAAAAGCAGCUGUACGGUGUCGCCUCGGGCCACGGGGCCGGAAUCAUCCUCUUCGGCGCUUCCACGCGACGCGGAAGCGUGUCCCGCGGCGGGCGAGCAGCUGACGGGCGAACCAGCGUCUUCCUUGAUGAGAUUUAAAUCGGCGGAUCUCGUGUCCGGCGCUCGUGUGUCCCCGCGCGAAGCACUCUCCUCGCGUUUACGGUGAUCAGCAAAACUCGGAGAAAGUGGUGAACACGCUCGGUGGAAGUCUUCCUCGAUCGGACUCGCGGUGUCGGCGUCGAAUCGUGGAUUAGAUUAAGCAUUAUCAUCGCCGCGGCGGGAAUGAUUCGAGCAGGCGUCAGCGCGAUUAAGCCGCCGCCAAAGCCCGAUAUACGCGCCCGAGGAAUUUCUCAAUUCCGGCACGUCGCCUCUGCGUUGAUUAAAUAGUCGCUCGCGGAGAACCGAUCGGCCCCAUUUGCCGGAUGGAAUAACGUCAGUCAGCUGCUCUAUAUAUCGGUGCACGCCGGUUUUCGCGUCUCAAGCUGUUCCGACUCGCCGAGGAAGAUCGUUUACCGUGCGCGCCGGCUCGAUUACUGUUAUCCGACGACGCACCGUGAAACCCUGGCGAACGAUUAUCGUCGCGCGGACUCGUGGGUGACUCCGGAAACGAGGAGAAAGGUACUCUUUUCCGAGCCGUGCUCCGCUAUCAGCGUGUCCGUCGGCUUAAACAGACGUUUCGGACGGGACGUCGGGUGGUUCGAUGAAUUAUAUGGAAAUUAUACGGACGCGAAUGAAAACAACUGAGGUCGCUUCCAACGUAUCUCCGCAGCCUUGGCUCUUGUGUACGGCGUGCUAAGUGAUUCGCUGAAUUUAUCGUGGUCGUAUUAUUAAGUCAGUUGGAAUUGACAGAGCUUGUUGUCCGGACCCGAAUGUUCUCACGCGAAUCGAUCGAAUGCAUGAGAAACGACGAGUGAUGAUGCGGAAAGUACAUCCCCUACGGAGACUCCUCGUGGGCGCAGCCUUGCUGGCGACCUGUCUGCCGAUCGUGGUAUCGACGACGUCGCUCAGAGAAAGGCGGCACGUCGGCGUCGAGGAAUCUAGUCAUCGGCCAGGCAGGGUGUACACGUCCGUGAGCCGCAACAGCUUCAAGUCAUCGACCAGCAGGGACAACGAGAUCACCACCGAACCCGGAAGGAAAGUGUCGCACCGAUUAGUCGGAGGACAUUUGAGAUCCGACGAAGCGAACCAGGGGAAAGACGAUACGCUAUGGGACGAUGGAAUUCUCCUGUCCUCGGCGGGAAACGGCAAAGAGUCGAAGCCGAGUCGCCCAGAUGACGACGACGGGAAGAAAACGCUCUCCCAGCAAGUAAAAGAGGGAAAGUACGGUCUCAUACAGAACGAGAUCUACGGUAAUCGGCCGAAGAGGCCCGGGAUCAUCAGCUAUCUGAGCAACCCAGAGGUACCGAAGGACACUGCAGAGAAUCUAGGGGGUCUGGACGAGGACGAGAUCUGGCUGGCCGAGAAUCACGUGCUAGUGUUACGGGGUGGGAAAUUUCCUGGCCAUGAAACCACGCCGAGCAAUGGGGAAGCGGAGACCUGGCCACCGAUCGACAACUACAAAGCGCCCAGAAGACAGGUCAAGAUCCCGCCAAGACCGAAGGUACCACCACCGUUCCCGGUUCAACUCACGGACGGCGGACCGAUACAGAUCAUCGGGACGAACGGGACCAAGGAGAUCGGAAACGGCACCGUCGACUACCGGAAGGACUCGCUAUUCACGAAGGGUUUCCUAUCCGAGGAUGGACCACUCUUCGCCAUCAUAUCCAACGGCACCAUCGUAAUGCCCAACGCGGAUAAUAAUGGUACUUCCAGAGAAAAUGACCACGAAUCGAAGCCUGACCCACUGACCGGUCUUCCGCCAUUUUAUCACGCGAUACCGCCUGGCGCGGUGUUCGUGCCACCUCCCAGUAAUCAGUCGGAUUACGACGAAGAGGAUCAAUCGAUUUAUUACCCGCCGCCGUACAGCUUCCAGUAUCAACAGGACAAUACCACGGCAGUACCCCCAGGUCCCCUGGUCCCAGGGAUCAUCCUGCCACCGCCGCCAGACUUUUUCUCUUCCGUCGAAGACAAGAAGACCACCACGAAGAAAUACACGAAGCGACCUACCACCCCGCCGCCAAGGCAGAGACCGACUUAUCUGCCACCGAGGAAGCUUACGACGAAAUACAAGAGCACCACCACCCGUGCGCCAGUCAUAAAGUCAAGGUCAUCGGUGACCGUAUCAACCAGCACGAAGACUUACAGAACAACGUACAGGAACGUGACCGCUGCGCCGCCCAGUCGAGUCCCUAGCGUACCAUUCGUAGAAGUCACAACUCCCACGCCAGAUAAACCGACGACCCUCGAUAACCCCGAUUUCUACAGCAUAAGCCCUAUAGCAGAGAACCAAGUGACCAGUCAGGAGACCGUUAAGCAGAAGAAUGAAGCCUGGUCCGGCGUAGUGACCAGCAAGACUCUUCCUCUAUUGUCGUACUACACAUCGACGCAGUCCACCUUGGAGAAGCCUAUAGAGGUAACGCCAGCUUCUAUAAAGAACAUAAUCACUACCAGCAGUCCCGAACGAUCGCCUAGCCAAGCUUCUUAUUAUUUUUACGAGGAAUCGAACGAACCUGGUACCACUCCCGAUCCGUCGGUUUAUUUCAAGACCACCACCGAGACUCCGUUGUUCGAGACAGUGACCCAACCACGGCCGGCGGAGAAGAAAAAGCAGUUCUACAGCGUGGAGACUAUACCGUCGCAGGAAACAUCGAAGGACUACAGCAUCAAGUACAUCGACACGGUGGUGAAAAACUCGGAGCCGGUUCGUUACAGCGACUCGGUCACGCGAACUUCGCCGGCCAGGACCCAGGGUCAACGCAUGUUACCCGAUCGCACGCCUCUUUAUUAUCAGACCAUAUCCGCUCGUCCAGUGCAAUCGUAUUACACGACACCGCGGCCGCAGAGUUAUUACAGGCAGGACAAGCCGAAGCCGAUCUAUCAGUACAGCUUCGAGGCGGCGGAUUACUCGAAGCGCGGCAAUCAGAGGCAAUUCGAGCAGCAACAGCAAACCGUGCCUUACAACGACUAUCGGGACGUAGAGAUCUCAAGCUUUAACGCCCCCCAAUACGAUUACCCGCAGAACGAGCCGACGAAGCAGCUGAGGCCGCAGAGUCUGCCGUACAAGAGCCAAGCUCCGAUUUAUCCCUCGACCACUGCCAAUUCUGUCAUAAACAGCACGCCCAAUCCACACUUGACUUACUACACCCAGCAAGAUGAGAAGCUAUUGGACGACGUCACGAAGGAGUACUUCACGAUCUUCGGUAAGAAGAUACCGCAUAAGAAUAUACCCAGCACGACGCCUAUCUACUCGAAAUCCACGGAGAGGCCCGAGUACGUGAGCAGUUACAUCGAGAACAAUUACAACACCCCUGAGCCGCCGAUAUUCAAGACGCCGAACGUUAAAGUACACUACGGCGAUCAGUCGCAGAAGCCUAAUUCCCUGAUCGUCCUUAAGGAUGAUAUACUGGUGAACUACAGGCAACCUUUGCCUCCCAUCAACCCGGACAGCGAGUUCAUUACCGUCAGUCCGAAUCCGCAGCCUCCAGCAAACUACAGGAUACCGAACCGAGAGAGUCAGCCUCUGGCCGCUAUUCGUGCCUACCCGCCUCAACAAUUGGUGAACCAAGAGAACGGACCGUCUACGAACUACGUGCCGAUAGCGGAAUCCCCGGAAGAGAUCGACGAGUCGUAUCCCCAACUGCCUAUAUCCUUGGAAGACGACAUCAAAGUGAACUACCGGGACCCUCGGCCCACGAUCAACCCUGACGCUGAAUUCAUCGACCCGGUUCACGUGCAGGAGAACCAGCCGGAGAAGCCGAAGGCGUACUUCGCGUACCGAUUGCCGGGCGACGGUGGCCACUUUUACUUCCUGACGCCGCAGGCCGUCACGCAGAGGCCGGAACGAAACGCGGCUCACCUCUACUCGAAAUCGAGGGGGGCGAGGUUGCUGAGACGUCGACGGCGACCCGGCAACGUCUGAACCCCCAUUUUGCCUUUGCCAUACGAAAGCCCAGUACGUACUUGAAACUAUUGCGCGGGCAGCAGUGUAUCGCAGCGAUUCGCGUACCGUUGCAAAUGGCUGACGAAUACUUCCGACGCGAGUAAUCGAAAAAUUGAUGUAGAACGUUCCCUCAACGCGAGAUUCCCCGUUUCAUUAUUUUUCUUUUUUUUUAUGGAAUCGUUAUGCUCCGGUGCGUUUCAAACGUUUUAGGAUCUCCGUUUUUUGCAACCUGUCCCCGAUACCCUGCUCGAGAACAGUUCCUUCAAGCGUGUAUUGGGCUCGACGCUCGAGGAACACAGGUGGACACGCGUCCAUGGACGGUCGGUACCGUUAGGAUAUUUAUUACACGUGUAAAUAUAUAUGUAACGACUAGGGUAGAUGAUUAUCAACGCCUUACUCACGGUAUAAAUGCUUAAUUUAUAUGUUACCCCGACUCCCAUCUCCCCGACCCCUUGUUGCCCCCCGCUCGCUACCUGCCCAAGCAUUUUUAUAGGCAUUGAUACAGACGCGAGAUACUCGUUCGCGUGCGACGAUAGGUGUGCGCGUUUAUGAGCGGUAGUGCGUCGCGUACUCGCGCAUUGUCUGUGAUUAAUGAUCGAGGUGAACAUGUACGUGUAUAUAGUAAAUGAUUAACGAUAGCGGUAAGUCGAUCGUAGUUACGUUUUUCGUGCGCCAUUGGCCGGAGUACGAUACUCGAUUUGAUAAAGACACGUUUCUCAGCGUGAAAUUCGUUUUUCUGGGAGAGAAUGUUUGACCCUUUCACUGUGUAGAACUUGGACGAAGAGCAGUGGUGGGCGGUACUAACGUGGAAUUGAAAUAAAUUGGUCGGUCAAGGUCGGCGAGUUAGUAUCCUUAUCAUGCAAUGCCAUUAUGCUGGUGGGAAAUAAAGAAAUUGGACCUGUAAGAGUUUCGAUGAAUUUUUAAGUAUUACGAUUAAACAGUUUGUGAUCUUCGUUGUCGAGUUAAUCCAUUGAUCAAUACUUUGGGUCUAAUUUCUUUAAUUUUCAAUGGUUGACGAUGGGCUACUACUAGCACUGAAAGGGUCAGCAUUAUAAGAGUAUUCUCAUUGAUAUAAUGUUGAAAUUCGAAUUGCAAUAUCGUUAGAAUGAUGAUGACCUUCAGUCCUUCGAGUAUUUUACUGUAAAUAUUUACGUAGAAAACUGUAUGCUGCAUUAAACAUAUGAGAUGUUAUUUAGCGAACGGUAUUGUUACUAUACGAUUAAACCAGUUUCUUUGGAAACUGAGUUAGUUUAUGUGCUAAUGUGACUUCCAAUGUAAUGGCAAACAAUCCUCAAAAGGUCAAUUAUUUAAACUUGGAAAUAAAAUAUAUUGAAAGAAAAUGAUCGUCAAU